GUAUCACUAGCCCACACUUCUGCCUGCAAGGACCCCUGUGCUCUUCCCAUCACUCUACUGCACGCCCAGCCAAGCCAAAGCCUUACAUAGACUCCUGCACACACCCAGAGCCGCUCACACUCACACGCACUGUUGUUCUGCCUCUAUUCCCAUUCAUGGCACCCCAUGUGGCCCCAGUACUGGCCCUCAGCCUGCUGGCUCUCUGCACUUCCCCAGCCCCAGUUCUAGGUGGUGCUAAUGAUGCUGAAGACUGCUGCCUGUCUGUUACCCAGCGCCCCAUCCCUGGGAACAUUGUGAGGGCCUUUCGCUACCUCCUCAUCAAGGAUGGCUGCAGGGUGCCUGCUGUUGUGUUCACCACACUGAGGGGCUACCAGCUCUGUGCACCCCCAGACCAGCCCUGGGUGGACCGUAUCAUCCGAAGAUUGAAGAAGACCUCUGCCAAGAGCAAGCACCACAGCAGUUAGCCAUGACAACACCAAAGGGAGCCCUGUGUCUGGGUGAAGAGAUGUGAAUCACCCUGACCCGGGGAACCAAGGACCAGAAGGCAGGGCCAGGUCUCCAGCUUCUCAGCACCAGACCUGACCCAGCCAGGGCAGAGCCUGGAGCAUCAGUGUGAGUGUGAGUGCGUGACUGUGAGCAAGAGGGUGAGUGUGUGAGGGCACAGCUUCUCCACACCCAGACGGCAAUGCUUCCAAUAAAGGCCCUG